AAAAAAAAAAAGAGAGAGAGAGAGAGAUCACGACCACCACCACCACCACCACCAUCAUCAUCAUCAUCAGGCGACAUGGAGGCGGAGGGACUAGCUGACGUGGAGAAACUUAACCUUUUCUUCCCUAGCGAGGUGGUGCAGGCUAUCCAGGAGAUCUUGCCGAGCGAUGAUCCAUUUGACGCAGCUGAUUUUGAUGCUGUGGGCUACAUUAACAUGCGUUUCCCAGCCGAGCAGAGCCUCCACCAUAUAGACGAUGUGCUGGAGGAAAUGCGAUUGAGGGCCACAGCCACAGACAGCGAGAUUAGAGAUGUGGUUCGCAGUCUAGCUAGUGCUGACCAGGAUGGCCGAACCUCACUUCUCCACGCACAAGAGGCAAUCGCUGAGCUUUUUGCCAGAUUCCAAGACAUCAAGGAACGCGCUGGAGAGUCGGAAGAGAGAGUGAAGGAAAUCACACGGGACAUUAAGCAACUGGACACAGCCAAACGCAAUCUAACGUCCUCCAUCACAACCCUGAACCACCUGCAGAUGCUGGUGGAGGGGACGCAGAAGCUGGAAGCAUUACAGGCCAGGAGGGAGUAUGGGGAGGUGGCCAGCUUGCUACAGGGAGUACUGGAGGUCAUGGAACACUUGCAGAGAUAUAGACACAUACCUCAAGUGGCAGAGUUAGCUAGACAGGUGGAGCAGAUCAGAAGUGGGCUUGAAAAACAGAUAUUGCAAGAUUUUGACAGAGCAUUCCACGGCCCCUCCUCUCGGCAACCCACUCCAACGAGAGCCCUGGCUGAGGCUUGUCUUGUGGUCAACCAGCUGGACCCUAGAGUCAGGCGCACCAUAAUCGAGGAGGUGGUUCGGACACAGCUGGCAGAGUAUGCAGUGCUGUAUGCAGGGCAGGAGAGCGACGGGUGGCUGUCAAAGGUGGAGCUAAGACGGCGCUGGUUUUUGAAGACUGCCUUGGAGUUUGAGAAGACGAUGGCUGCCUUGUUCCCUCCAUCCUGGCAGGUACCAGCUCGCCUUGCUCUCUCUUUCUGUGACGUGACGCGCACACAGCUGGCCAAGGCUAUGGAGUUACGCACACAGGAUGUAGAUGUCGCCACACUGCUUCACGCACAUAAGGUUAUGUCGGAGCUGGAGAGUGUGUUGGUGAGAAAAUACGCAGGUUUUCAGGAACGCACUCGCUCUCUCUCUACCUCCACCGCCACCACCACCUCCACCACUGCUGCCUCUCCAAACACUAAUCCUUUUAUUGAGGAUGAGUCAUUGGAAGCCACUAACCCUUUCAACACUGAGACACAACCAGGACCAGGAGGAGGAGGAGGAGGAGGAGGAGGAGGAGGAGCAGUAGUAAUAGUAUCUCCAUUCCAAGGGGCAAUUUGCAGAUGUUUCAAGCCAUAUCUCAAGGUGUAUAUAGAGCAUGUUGACAGACGUCUCUCGGAUCAAGUGGAGAAGUUUGGUGUUGAAAUGCGAGGAUACAGAUUUGAGCACAUUGAUAUGGAGGAAUCAAAUGUUGUGCCGUGCUGUGGCGAGCUUUUUACCAUAUACAAGACCAUCCUAGUGGAGUUUCUGCGUCUAUCCCCUGGGGGAGAGCUGGGGGGCCUGGUGGAGGUGAUGCAGCGACACCUGAGGGAUUUCUGUGGCAAGGUCCUCCGCGCCGCCCUGCCCCGGGGUGGUGGCGGUGGUGGUGGUGGCGGCGGUGGUGGUGGUAACAUUCCUCUGCCUAAAGAUUUAAAUAUGAAGGAGAUUUCGGCUGUUUUGGCCCAGGUCCAAACACUGUGGCGCGAGGGGGAAGGUGCGGGGCAGAAGGGGUGGGGGGAGGAGGAGGUGCGGAGGGUGUGUUCGGUCCUGGUGUCCGCGGAAUAUUGCGAGGAGAUGACCGGGAGAUUGGAGGCUAAGCUGAGAGAACGAGCGGACAUUGGGCUGGCUGUCAUUAUCCUCAGCACCGAGCAAGAUUUAUUUCACGCUGUUCUGGCGCAGUGCAUCACCCUGCUAGUGUCAAGGGUGGAGGAGUGUGAGGCGGCCCUGGUGUCAAUCCCUAAGCAGUCGUGGGUGUUGGAGCAAACGGGAGACCACAGCCCUUACGUCACAGCUCUGGCACAGCAUCUCGCCGCAGCCAUCCCGCCAGUCAGACAUAACCUGCACACCUCGCGGAAAUAUUUCACUAGGUUCUGUGACAAACUAGCAGCCGCCAUUCUGAACAAAUUUGUCCAGCAGGUGUACAAGUGCCGUCCCAUCACCAGCGUGGGAUGUGAACAGCUGCUCUUGGAUUGCCACGCCCUCAAAGCUGUUAUGCUGCAGAUGCCUGUGGUGGGAUCCCAGGUGCGGAGAGAUCCACCUCAAACCUACACAAGGAUGGUCACAAGAGGAAUGGCGAGAGCUGAGCUGGUCUUGCAGGUGGUGAUGGGGGAGUACCACAGCAACACAGCGCUGAUUGACAAGUUUACAAGAUUGCUGCCUGAUGCUACUAUUGCUGACUUCCAGAAGGUCGUGGAAAUGAGAGGAGUGAAGGACAGGGCAGCUCUCCUCGAACUUUACCGUCAACGCACCACCAACACCGCCACCACCACCACCACCCCUGCCACCUCCCCCUCCACCUCCGCCCCUGCCACAGACUCCCCACACCGCCCUGCUGCCCCGCCCCUGCCCCCUGCCACGCCAAGCCCAGAGCACGACAUGAGCAAGAUCGCAAGACUAGAGAGGAUGUUAAAAUCUCGCAGGCUUAUAUCGUAGGCUGUGUGUGUGUGUGUGUGUGUGUGUGUGUGUGUGUGUGUGUGUGUGUGUGUGUGUGUGUGUGUGUGUGUGUGUGUGUGUGUGUGUGUGAAGGGUUUAGUUUCUCUCAUUCCUUCCUUCCCAGUAAAGCACCGGGGACGAUUUCACUGCCAGUGGAAUAAUAAUAAUAAUAAUAAUAAUAAUAA